CAAGGCGCUGCGGUCCUGCGGACCGUCAGGGGUGAAGCACCUGCCGGCCCGGAAGUUGCUGACUCGACCUGAGACCGCGGUAGCCAUCGCGCCUUGCGGUUGGGAGUCGGAGAGUGUAGGGCUGACGCCAAGCAAGAAAUUGUGUUCUCCCCAAUCUCAGACCCUGUAAGAUUUGAAUAUGUCCUUCAUAUUUGACUGGAUUUACAGUGGUUUCAGCAGUGUGCUACAGUUUUUAGGAUUAUAUAAGAAAACCGGUAAAUUGGUAUUUCUUGGAUUGGAUAAUGCAGGAAAAACGACAUUGCUACACAUGCUAAAAGAUGACAGACUUGGACAACAUGUCCCCACGUUACAUCCCACUUCAGAAGAACUAACCAUUGCUGGCAUGACCUUUACAACUUUUGAUCUGGGUGGUCAUGUUCAAGCUCGAAGAGUGUGGAAAAACUACCUUCCUGCUAUCAAUGGCAUUGUAUUUCUGGUGGAUUGUGCAGACCACGAAAGGCUGUUAGAAUCAAAAGAAGAACUUGAUUCACUAAUGACAGAUGAGACCAUUGCCAAUGUGCCCAUACUGAUCCUCGGGAAUAAGAUCGACAGACCUGAAGCCAUCAGUGAAGAGAGGUUACGAGAGAUGUUUGGUUUAUAUGGUCAGACAACAGGAAAGGGCAAUGUAUCUCUGAAAGAACUGAAUGCUCGACCCCUAGAAGUUUUCAUGUGCAGUGUGCUCAAAAGACAAGGUUAUGGAGAAGGCUUCCGCUGGAUGGCACAGUACGUUGAUUAACACCAACCAUCAUCGGCUCUAGGGCUCACCAUUCAGGCCUCCUCAGAGAUUUGAUCACUCAACGUGCAUAACUUGAAUUCAAUAGACUUGUUGGUUAGAAAACAAAUGUUUUUUAGAUUGUUAAUAUUAUAUCGUAUCAACUUAAUUUGAGUGAGAAUUGAAAACUGUUUCAAGAAAGUUUGAAUAUCACAAUGUUAGCUUUCUAAUUCCAUAAAAAUAAUUAGUUUUUACAAUUUCUAAUCUGACAUUACCCGCUAGUGCAUUUAUAAAAAACAACUUUCCAGCAGUACAUUUGAAGCAAUUUUUAACAACAUGAAACUAUAAAUACAAACCGUGUUUAAAAGUUCAUCAUGUUAAAUUUUUAUGCACUUUUUUGGAACUAGUUUUUGAAUUUUAGAUUAUAUGUCCACCUAGCUUAAGGGUACAGUUAAUAAUUAGCUUAUGGAUGAUUGCAUGAUGCCUUACAGUUUUCAAUAAUAUUUUUUCUAGUGCAAACGUCAUGCAAUAAAACAAACCCUAAUGUUUGGCAUCCUUGUUGGGCAAAUGUUUCACUUAAAUGUGUCUUAUCUAGCUAGUGUGCUCUGAAAUUUUGAGUAUUUAAUAGUAUACAAAUGAAGGGUUGUUGCAGAAGGACGUUGCUUGAGAUUAUUUAGAAUAAUGUUUAAGUCCCUAGAGACUUUUGCGUUUACCAGGAGACAAGCUGCAUUUGGUUGCACCUUAUGUCACAUUUAUUUCUGAAUUGUGUAUUUUUAUCAGUAACACUACCAUUAUCAGUGCUGUUGGGGGUUCAUGUCCUAGUCCCUGUGGAAUUGACUUUCUGAAGAAAAGCACAUCUUCUGGUACAACACAAGAUCAAGUUUUGAUUUGAUAGGCCCUAUAGCUCCAUUCUGAUCAUCUAAUUCUGAAGUGCUCUGAUCUUGUUGGUGCCAGGUUUUGUAUCCGUGCCUCUUUAUCAGAAGUAGUUACGAGAACCAAUCUCUCCACAUUUUGAGGUCCUCCCCAGUCCCUAUACUUAGUGGCACUCCCAGGGCAAUCAGCAAGUAGGGUCGUGUGCACAGUCUCACUGUGGAGGCCUGCAUAUGUGAGGAAAAAGAAAGCCCGUCUGCUUCAGUUGUCUCUGAGAUGUGUGCGGAUUCUGCUCCUAUCCUAUAGUGUUUUUGCAUUCUUCAGUGUAAUUUAUUUCUUGGUAGAAAGAAAAUGCGUCCUUGUAUUUAAUUUUCUUUAUCCUACAUGCUCUCAACUAGCUUUUACUCUGUAGUACAAAGGCUUUUGUUUUUAGAUAAAAUGCUAUGUGAUAGGGUUUGCAAGCUUCAUUGAUAGUUAUUAAUGACUUUCUUUAUCCUAGAGUUUCUUUGUCUUAAGAAAUUGGGUUUUUCCCCCAUUUGUCUGAGAUUUCCAUAAUUAAUAAAAUAAGUGAAAGUUAAGUGCCAAAUAAGUAUUUUUAAAGGCUCUCAAGCUUAGGAUUUCUCUUUUGGUUAUAUACUAAGAUUUUAUAGUAUAUUUAACCAAUUCUAUUGAGAAUAGAUUGCAGUAAUUUCAUCAAGAAUAAUUUUAGUAGCAGAAUUAGUGUUUUCUCUAGCUGUUGUCCAAGUCGGAGUUAUGAUAGUUCUUCCUGUGAUCAGUAAUGUACUGUGAGGCAGGUUAGGAUUGAGGAGUGGGGACUGAAGGAGUUGCCAGUUGGCUCUACCACCAAGGUCCUAUCGACAUGACGUUUGGUUUUAGUUAGGUGGCUCUCCCAUUUCACUUUCAGCUUCCUUCUAAAUGAAAAUAAAAGAGCUUCUUCCCUGCUUAGAAACAUCAGUAGUACCACGGAAAAACAGGAAGUGGUAUAUUUCAGCUUGUUUAUUCUGCUAGAUACGUGUGAAGUACUUCUAAUGUCCUGACUACACAGAACUAAGCCUUACUUUUAGUAACUGCCUCCCCCUGAUACCUGUCUUCAUUACCUACGUAGAUAUGCCUUUCUUAAAGUAUUUCCUAGUAUUAUUGGGAUACUUGUAAAGUUAAUUAUUUGUCAUAAGUUGAUAAAAAGGAAAAAGCUUACUGGUUUCUCUAGAGGAAAACUGUUCUCUGGUACAAAAUAUCUCGCUCCAGAAUUUUCAUUCUAGUUCUGACACUCAGAUCAAAGAAACAAAGGCUUUGUGGACCACACCUAAAUUGUGGGUAUUUUUCCAACGAUGUAAGAUUCUUAUAGCCUGAACCUUUAGAAAUGAAGCUGCCCUUCACAGCAACCGGCGUCCCUCUGGGGUCCGGGGAGCUGGGCCUGCAGAGUCCUGCAGCCCUCAGGCUUACCAUCCGGCUCCAGAAGCCUGCAGGGCACAUACACUGAGUCACUGCUCCUCUCCAAGAGAAGCAAAUUAAGAGAAUGCCGAGACAGAGUAGAAGCACACGAGGAAGACUUACGCUUCAUAUGUGGCUGUGGAGUAUGUGCACCUGUGGUGUGUGUUUCAAGAAGGCGGUAGUAUUGGGCUCACCAGUUAGCCUGUACCUCCCGCUGUAAGGUGGGAAAAUGGCAUUAUACACUGUUCUGUACAAGUUGAGAUUGGAUUCCAUAUAAAUCAGGCACUGUUGAAAAAAUGUUUUAAAAUCUUAAGUCCAGAACUCUUAAAAAUAAAACGUCUCAGCCCAUUUUUAUAUUUUUAAAGAGAUUCUUACCCCACACCUGCUUCAUUUACUGCUGUUAAUUAUACUUCUGGUUAACUGGUUACAUUGAUAGAUUCCAGUUUGUCUUUAUCUCAGUGAAUUUUUAGAAUGGAGAUAAUAGCAUUUUUAAAAGUUAGUGCAUAGACAUUUACUAAAAUAUAUGAAAAAAUAUUCCUCACCAGUGGCUUAGUUGACAGUAUCUUUGAGUGCCAAAGAUGUACAAUUCACAUAUUGCCCACAUAGAUCUAAAAUUUAGUUUUGUGUGCCUGUGUAUAUAUGCAAAUUUAGUGUGACUUACAAUUAUAAGCAGAAAGAACAUUGUCUCUUUUCCUUAGUUUCAACUGGCUCACCCUUCUCAAUAUAGUGCUUUGAGCACAUAAACUACUUGUAAAUUAUUAAAAUAGGGUAAUGGUUGUGAUAAUACUGUUUCUUGCCUUCUGCAAAAUUAUUUAAUCAACCACAUUCAAAAGCAAGCAUUUUUACAAGUCCCAUAAUUAAAAACAGUAUAGUUAAAAAAAAACAAACAGUAUAGUUCUAGUUGACAUGACUUGAGAGUUUUGAAAUAAAGGCUAUUUGGUAUGUGACUCAAUGUGGUGUUUCAGUCUUGUUAGUCAUUUACAUAACUGAGGUUUGCAAUAAUUUAUUGCCAAAUAAAUUUUGACCAGAGUACACUGAGAAUAGUUUUUAUGCAGGGAAGUCUCUCAAAAUAUCUUGUGUUUCUUUUAUUUAGAGUAUAUUGUUUGGAUCACUUUAAACAUGUGUAAAAGUUGGUAAAACUUCAAAAAAUCUCCAAGAAAACAUGAAAAAAUAGAAAUUAGCAAAUAUAAAUUCCUUAAUGCAAAAUCAAUAGGGAAUUCAAGCUUUUACAUAAACCUUUAAUUUUCUUGCUAUAAAUAUAAGAGUUCAGAAAGUGAGGUGUCUUUUAUUGAGGUCUGAAUAGUCAGAGCUACAUUUUGAUACUUCUGGUCAUUUGUAUCAUUGUGCUUCUCUUUUUGAAAUGCAAAUUAGUGCUCUUUUAACCAAAAAGAAAAGAAAGAAUAGAACAAACUCCUGGCAUAUGGGGGCUGUGCCUCUGUUUAAAGUAAUUGGGAUUUUGUUAAGACCGUGUUUCCAUUUCUGAACCCUGCAGCCACCCCCAAACUCCUUCUCUCCACCCCACCAACAUCCGUCACCACACCUGGAUGAAAAGAUUCUCAAGUAUGAAGGGCUUUGUUCAGUAACAGAGUCUACUGAAGAUGUAGUUUAGAACCAGUCAAUUUGUGUCCUCAUAGUUUAGAACAUUAAAUGGCUAACGUAUUACCACAAAUUAAUCGUUCAGGGCUUUGACCACACUUUCAAAUAGAACCCAAAGUAAUCAAAGUAAAGUGAACACACUUACCAAAAUAAAUUUUGCUUCAGGAUUACCACCCCACCCCCACCCCAAAUAGAUUUUAGGGCAGAAAUGGAAAAGGCUUUUGAGUGAUUUCAUACAGAAUUAUUUUGGGGAAAGCUACACUGGAGUGGAUGAAUUUUUCUUCAGCAUGUGUUUGAGAUGGAGCAGAGGGAAGGGUAGAUUUAAUUCUAGUUUUAAAUAUUUUGGAGUAAAGUGGGAGUGACAGUUCUACAGUUUUUGACAUAUAAGUUGUCUCUGGAAUUGUUCAUCAUCAAGUGUAAAGAUUCACAUCCGAAUGGCCGCCUUCACGUGGGCUGCUGUGUCCCCUGGGGCCGCUGCUAACCUGGACUCCUGAGCAGCUGCGUACUGAGGCCAGUGCACUCAGGGUGAACAGUCAAGGUGUUUUAACAGUGAUCAAAGUGUUUUCCAUAGCAAGGCCUCCAGUGUUCGGCUGAAUGCAGAGUCUGUUGAAGGGCUAAGGUGGUGAUAAGUUUUCAUCGCUCACCUUGUUUGCACUUUUGUACUCCAUUGCUUGCACUAGCAUCUCAGUGUGAAGUUCAACAAUUGUUUCACAGUGUAUUCAGAUUGUUAAGCAUAAUUUAUAUAAAGAUGUUUCUGUUUACCUUUAUGUAUUUUACAAAGAAUAGCUAUAAUAGAUGGUUAAAUGUUCUUAAAUUGUGUUUGUAUGUUAUUUUGAUUAUGUUCUGUUAUCUUCACCUCAUAUGAAUUUGAGUGUCAGGAAGAGAAAAAUAAAAUGCUAACCUGUUCUUUGAAAAA